CCGCUGCAGCCGCGCGCCCCGCGCCGCGCCCGGCCGGGAGCCGCCUGUUGAUCGCCGCGCUCGCCCCGGCCGCGGCGCCGCCCCAGCUCUGCCCGCCGCGCUCCCGCCGGGCUGACGGACGCACGCCCAGUACCGCCGGCUCCGGGAUGGGCGCACGGACUGUGUUCUGAGGUCUCAGGGAGCUGGCCCGCUGACACGUGCACGGCCCAUGAGAAGGGCGUCCGGAAGCCAUGGCCCUGCCCUUUCAGAAAGAGCUGGAGAAAUACAAGAACAUCGAUGAAGAUGAGCUGCUUGGCAAACUCUCAGAGGAGGAGCUGAAACAGUUGGAAAAUGUUCUCGAUGACCUAGAUCCCGAGAGUGCCAUGCUGCCGGCCGGAUUGCGCCAGAAAGACCAGACGCAGAAGGCAGCCACCGGCCCGUUUGACCGCGAGCACCUACUCACCUACCUGGAGAAGGAGGCCUUGCAGCAGAAGGACAGGGAGGACUUUGUGCCCUUCACAGGAGAGAAAAAAGGGAGAGUCUUCAUCCCUAAAGAAAAGCCCAUAGAAACUCGGAAAGAAGAAAAGGUGACCCUUGACCCGGAACUGGAAGAAGCUUUGGCCAGCGCCUCUGACACUGAACUCUAUGAUCUUGCAGCCGUCCUUGGAGUACACAAUCUGCUCAACAAUCCAAAGUUUGAUGAAGAAACAGCCAACAGUAAAGGUGGCAAAGGACCUGUGAGAAAUGUGGUCAAAGGUGAAAAGGUGAAGCCUGUGUUCGAGGAGCCGCCCAACCCCACCAACGUGGAAGUGAGUCUGCAGCAGCUGAAAGCCAAUGACCCCAGCCUACAAGAAGUCAACCUCAACAACAUCAAGAACAUUCCAAUCCCAACCCUGAAGGACUUUGCGAAGGCGCUGGAGACCAACACUCACGUGAAGAAGUUCAGCCUGGCCGCGACCCGCAGCAACGACCCUGUGGCCAUUGCGUUUGCAGAUAUGCUGAAAGUAAACAAGACCUUGAAAAGUCUGAACAUAGAGUCUAAUUUUAUCACUGGAGCUGGAAUCCUGGCCCUGGUGGAGGCACUGAGGGAAAACGACACUUUGACAGAGAUCAAGAUCGACAACCAGAGGCAGCAGCUGGGAACUGCUGUAGAGAUGGAGAUUGCCCAGAUGCUGGAGGAGAAUUCCAGGAUCCUCAAGUUUGGAUACCAGUUUACCAAGCAAGGGCCACGGACAAGGGUGGCAGCUGCCAUCACCAAGAAUAACGACUUGGUUCGUAAGAAGAGAGUUGAAGGAGAGCGAAGAUAAACUUCUGCAAGAAGAGGUGUGGUUUCACCAAGGCAGGCAUUUAAAAACAAACGAAAGCCGUCUCCACGCCCACCAGGACCUUGCUAUCACAGGUCAUUUGUUUCUGCUACCACACAACUAAUCUAAUUAUUAUUAUUUUUAGCAUUACUUAUUUAUCUUGGAUUUUUUUUAAAUAUAUACAAUUGUUUUGUUUGCUCGUGGGCACCUCUGGCAACUCGUACUUGUGGACUGAUCCAGAUCUGAGAGGGUGACAGUGAUGGAAAAUGAUUUUAACCACUUUCGUUGAAAAGGUUUCCUGCUUUCUUACGUGAACUUUUUUUACAAUCACUGAAAGGAAUUUCGUGUAUAAUAUGUGUUUGUAGCUGUGAUUGCGAUAGAGGCCUAUCUCUGUUUACAUGCACACCUUAGAGUUAGGCUGAAUACAUCAGAAGUGUUCUGCUGAUCACAUGAGAAGUUAGUAUUGCCAAUUUUUGGGUGAGAAAAAUGUGACGAGUUGAGCACAAAUUUUCCUUCAGUUCCAGAAAAAUCACCAAAUGUACACGCCCCACUGAUUGAUCAGUGGCAUCAUCUUUGUGCAGCAAGACAGUGUUCUGACACUUUACAAAUAUGUGUAAAAUAUUUGUCACCACACAAGUAUAGCUUCAAGCCAGACUCACCCAUAGCAAAAUGAAUGAGCACACCCGUGUUUACUGGCUGUUCAGCAUAAAUUGGAUCUUCUGUAUAUGAUAGGAAAUUUUUAAAUUUUAGUAAGAGGGAAGAUUUUAAAGUAGUACAUUCCUAAACAGUAAUAAUUGCACCUUUAUCAAGGUUGUUUGAUACACCUAAUUGCAUUAACUUGGCAAACUUUAGAAGUGUUUAUUACCUUGUAGUGUCACAAGGUCACAGGAUGAAAUGUGAACAUUCAGGUUAAUUGACGUUUCUGUCCACCUGACAUGAUCCAUCCAGACAUUUGCAAAUGUCUGGGAAAAAGUGUGGAUUAUCACUUACUCAGAUGUUUGUCAUCUCAAGGACAAAGCCUGGGAAAGUACAACUGAGAUGAUUAGAUUAUGUGUAAGCCCUAAAAAAGUUUUUUUAAGAGGCUGAGUCUAGAGUUCCCAUCCACUGGUUCACUCCCCGGAUACCUGCAGCAGUUGUGGCUGGGCUGGGGUUGGAGCCUGGAUGCAGGAACACAAUCUGGGUCUCCCACAUGAGUUACAGGAACCCAGAUACUUGAGCUCUCACUGCUGCCUCCUAGGGUCUGCGCGGACAGGAACUUGGAGUCAGGAUCUGAGGCUGAGAAUCAAACACAGGUGUUCUGAUGUGGGAUGUGGCUAUCUUAACCACUAGACUAAAUAUAUUUGUAUCCACUCCCCCAUGAAUCCUUUAAUGUGGUGGUGCAACAGUGCAAUGGUAAAUUAAGAACACGGAUGAUUGCAGCCUUUGGCUCGAGCUCACCUGUCUUUGAUAACUCAGUGCUGAGUAUGUCAUUGAUGUCACUCUGACACUAUCUGUGUCAUCCUUUCCUCCCUACCUCCCUUCUCCCCUCGCUUCCUCCCAACUCAUUCUCUCUUCUCUUUUUUGCUGUAAUUUUGAACCUUGUAAAGGUGGUAUUCUUUGUGUUAGUGACAUUUGGAGCUAAAGAGUUUGCUGGCCCAGAGUAGGGAGGACCAAUGCAGAACUGGUUGAGUAACUGAGUGUUCCUGAUUGAUUGGUAACAGUAAAAUAAGCUAAUGGGAAAAUCAUUGAUAUAUUAUUCUUUUUAGCUUAUAAAGCAUCUGGAGUAUAUCUAGAAUAGCCCUUAUAAAACUGGACAUUUACCUUUAGUAAAAGUGCCCACAUCUCUGUCUGAAGUUCUUUGACACAUUUUAUUUUCUUGAAAAUUUUUUGUUUUCAUUCUUGAGAGCAUGGUAAGCAGAACUUUCUGACACUUUUGGAACCUUAAAAAAUUUUUAUACUCAGUCUGCCACUACAUCGUCCUAUCCAUCUAAAGGGCAUGGUAAAUACAGUUUUCAGCCUGUUUCCUUCCCUCACCCAUUUAGGUGUGGUGCAUUAUUGCUGACUCAUACAGGUUUUGCCAGUUGUUACAUUUUCAAGAAUUUUGCAAACUGGUUGUGCAACACAGCCUAAAAAUUAAAUGAUAUGCACUUACAAUUAAAUAAUUAAGGGCACAAGUAAUAAAUACUCAAAAAUACUACAUAGUGCUAUUUUUGUACUCUAGAUUAUUUGCAGCUAUUGUAGCCAUGAGGUGGAAAUGCUUCCCAUGGUCUGCCCUGUGCAUCACUUCCAGCUCCAUGUUCACCAACUUCUUGUCUGUAGCUUGAAAUUGACCGUGGUGGGAGUACUGACACCAGAGAUUAGCAGUAUAAAUGCUAUGAAACUUACAAAUUGGGGCUUUUCUUUCCCUCCAGAUUGCUGCUUGAUAAACAAACAUGAACACACCACUAGGUGAAAUGUGUACUCUCCUUCUUUUUGUAUACAUGCAUGUUGGUGACCACUGCCAAAGGGAAAACCAUUUCUCUUAGGUGUCUGUUCUGUCUUUUUGGACUUGUUACAGAUCUAUUUAAGUUUUGAGUCUCUACCAUGCCUCUCUGAGCCCUUUUCCUUUUCUUUCUACUCACUGUCUUUCUUGCCGUCACCCCUAAGGAACCCUGAACCCUACAGAGUAUUCCCUGCAGCCCACCAUGCGGUGGGUCAGGGGCUAGAGCUGUUGUUGGCAACCCCUGGCAGAAAGCAAGGGAAAAAAACAAAAUUCAGUCCUGGCUAUUUCUUCUGUGCAUGCAGUUGUUGAGAGUAUUAAAGCAAGAUUAUGGGACACUAUUAAAAACAUAGCACUUUUUUUUAAACUGUAAAAUAGUUGGGACACAUAUAAGAGUCUAUGAAAUCAAAUAUUUAUUACUGAGGGGAUUAUCUUAUUAUGUCUGUGUUUUUAAAGUAGCUUGAGUGGUAACAUUUCCGUGAGUGUUCACAUAUUGAAGGUAACUUAUGAGACAAUGGUGGAACUGGGAGGAGCCUAUCUGUCCUUCAAUUGGGUGAGGCGUUCAGCUCCACAUUGGCCCAAUGUGUGUUAGGGGAAACUUUCCUGACUAUGGGUUAGUCUGUUCGUCCCUUACUGCCCAUCAUAUUAUAUGUACAUGUUUUGCCAGAUACUAUGUCAAAGUAUUUGGCUUUAUGCAGCCAAGAUAUUGAAGGGAGAUCAUCUCACCCAAGGCCUACUUCUCUUCCCCUUUCAGAGUUGUGCAGGUCCACUUGGAGUGUAAAAUCACUCACAUGGACUUGUGAGCACAUAGAAGCAGGCUUUUAGGAGUUAAAUGUUAGAAGUCUAGAAAUCAUGAUUAGCCCAGCACCACAUCUCCCCAUCUGCUUAAAGUGUGCAGAAGAAGCUCUUUCAUCCUUAGCACAAUUAAGUCCCUACCUUCCAUCUUUGGAGGGCAUGAUGUAAAUACACGUGUGGUUGUGUGUGUGUGUGUGUGUGUGUGGUCAGAUAUCCAUGCAGGUAUUUGGCUGCAUCUGGACAACUGAAUGAAGGGAGAUGAGCUCUCCCACCCCCGCUCCCCUUGCCCUUUGUAGAGUUGCUGCAGGCCCAGGCAGUCUGAGAUUACUUCCUGGAGUUUGCAGUGUAUGUCACCAACCAUCACAUGUCGCCACUGUGUGGAGGAUGACUCUAAGGACGUAAAUAUUAGAAGUCUAGAAAUCAUUCCAUUGUUCCAGCACUUAAGUCUUCGCAUCUACCUAAGUAUGUAACUCUACGUACUAAGUAUGUAACAUUCCAUCCUCAGUAACAUGACUUAGCCCUUCCCUUCCAUCUCUGUAGGGUGCAUCGCAUGUAAAUACGUUGUACAUAAAAGUCACCAAAUACUGGCAUGCCGUAUUUGGCUACAUCUGGACCACUGAUUGAAGGGAGACACUCUCUCCCAGGCCCACUUCCUUUGCCAUUCUUAGAGCUGCUGCGGGUCCCAGCUAGAAUCAAGACCCCGAGGGGCACAUGUCACUCACCCAUCUUAGAACACACCAUCCAUUUUAUAAUACCAUAUAAACGCUCAGAAAUCAUCCCACUGCCUGUGCUUCCCUAAGGGAAGACUGGCCCACCAGCCCGCGAGAACAGCUGCUUCUCUUCCUGGCAGAAACAUGGCCCUUGCAGGGCCCCAGCGUAGGGAAACCAGUGUGUUCCGAAUAACUGCCAUGAGAGCGUUUCUGGCGCUCUGACUUAACCCAGUGUUACACCUUGGCCCGGUUUCAGUUUGAGACAGCCCUUGGGGACAGACAAAAGUCUUUGCAGCUAUUUCCCUUUUCAUAUGUGUGGCAUACUCAGCCCUCUCCUAAGUAGGCACUGUGAGGGAGCUAGUGGAACAUAAGAACUCUGGAUGGAUCUGAUUGUCCACGUGCUUUAGGGUCUUGUUGGGUAGGCUGAAUGCUCAUUUGCAGAGCAGAUACCAUCUUGGGCUCAAGGCUUUAGAGCAUCAGCAACACGGGUGAGGGCCAGGAGGGUGUGAGCGCUGGAUUCUGAGGUCUGUUCCCUGCACUCAGUAGAUCUGUUUCUGGAGUCAGAUCUUAAGUCUUGAUCCUGAAGUUUCUUUCCUCUCUUCCAGCUGUAACAGCUGUUUCUAUUCUAACGAGCAGAGAACUAAGGAAAUAUCCCCACUCGGAGUUGCACUAGUAAUUCCGCUUUUACCUCCUCCUCAAACAUCCCCACUACUCACCCCAUCCUCAAAGCCCAAGGAUGGAGAGACACACAAGGAAAGGGGUGGGAGCAUCUGGAAGCAUCAGGCUGAGCCUACUGGGAGGAAAUCACAUGAUCAGUCCUCCUGGAACAAAGUGGCCAGAGAAAAGCACCCAGAACCUCAAAGAUAUAUCCAUUGUCUUCAUUCCCCAACUCUAGAUCAGAAUGGGUUUUACUUUGUGAUUCAGUGGUAAAAUGGAGGGGCUGAAUGAGUGAGGAAGGAGGAUGGGAAUUAAAUGUUUAAAUUCACUUAAUGUCACAACCAGCUCUGCUCAGCUUAUCAACUUCCCAUUUGCCUAUAACAGCAAUAAUUGAAUAAUCAGUGGGUAGGUGGAGGGGGAAGUACAAGUUUUAAAUUCAUAACCUGACCCUGGGUACCGUCUAGAAAUAAGAAUGUACUGAAAGUUAGGAUGCCAGUUUGGGGUACAGUAGUGAUAUGAAGAAGAGGGCUGAAUGCAUAGACAGAGAAAAGGAGAAUCCAAUAACAAGAUCCAAUAACAGAUCCCUUCCAUGGUAGUCAUUCGGAGCACAUUGGCUUAGCUAGUUGGUAUGGUGAACGGGCACCAUGCUAACAGAUUUGGAGACUGAAUCCUAAUCCCAUCACCAACACUUAGCAGGUAUAUGAUCAUGGGCAAUUCAUUCAAUUGCCUGCCAAUUAUAGACUAUCUAGGGGAAAGAGCACUGGAGCUGGAGUCGAGAAUCUGGACACUUGGCUCCAUGCUUGCUUAGCUGGCUGACUUUGGGCAAGCCACUCGGUCUCUUCAGCUCAAGGUUCCUCAGCUAUAAAAUGGGAAUAAUAUCUUCACUAACUACCUCACAGAGUUAUGAUGAGAAUAUACUCAAGAUAAUUGGUUGAAAACACAGUAUAAACUGGAAAGCGCUAUACAAAAGUAGGAGAUCAUUUUUUUAUUGUCGGCUCACUCAUGUUUCCGUGGCCUCCUGAACCUGUGUUAUUCUGAUCGACACUGACACCUUCCAUGUCUUGUGCAGUAUGGGAAAUAAGCAUGGGUAGGACACAGAGGACUGGAACCCUUUCACCCUUGGCAUAGAGGAAGCAGAGGUGGUUGAUGGGGGCGGUGGCCAUUAUGAACCAGUGAUGGAUAUGGUAGGGUAUUUUCCUGGGUCACUUGGAUAGUAGCUUUGGAAAUGGUGAGAAUCCUUGCACAGGGGAAAGCUAACAGUGAUUAAGAAUUGAGUGGGGGGGUUGAGGCACUAUUGCCCUUCUGACCCGGCUUGGGGGCAGAAGGCUUGACUGCAGGCCUUGGAGCAAAGACUGUCCUUGGAGUUCGGAGAGUUUUCAUACAUAGCAGCUGCGUAACAAGCACUAAUGCUGACCGUGAAGGGGACGGUGUGGCCCUGUUGCAAGUUGAGCUCUUUGCAGGUGGCAGUUGCCUUGUUAUCACCAGCAACCAUAGCCCUGGUCGGUGUUAUUUCUGCUCAGAAAGGUACGGGGCACGGCUUCCCAGGACCUUGAUAGCACUCGGAGGCCGGGACGAUGUCUCAUCAAUCUGUAUCUUCAAUACCAUCUAGUAAGGUGCCUUACACACAAAACAGGGUGCUUAAUAAAUGUUGCUUGAAUUUAGUCGUCCUCCAGCCUCACAAGGGUUGUGCUCCAUGUACCACCGUGUGAUAUUUUUGGAAAACAGUUCUGAUUUGGAUGCCAGCUGUAUGUGACUUGGGACAAGUCUCUCCAGCGAUCUUGUCUUCAUUUCAUCCGUUAAGUGAAGAAGGGGAGUGGGUCAACAGCUCUCUGAGAUCCCUGCCAGCUUGAGAAUUGACCACCCUGUGAUUCUCAGUUGUUUCCAAGGCCAUGGCCACGGUGAGGAGUGCCUCCAACGCAGCUGGUUUCUCUCCAGGAGGCUUUGUUCACGGGGAGGAGACCAAUGUGCAUUAGCCGUUGCUAUCUUCAGAAUAGUUCUGUGUGAGCAGCCUUUUCAGAAAAGAUAUUUUAGAAUGCAUCUUUCUCCUCACAAUCAGUGGGGAAGGAAAGGAAAACAUGCAGAAAUAGCAAAAACAUCCCUGUAGGCAGCAUGAUUUUGUAGGCUUCUAUUUAACAUGUGUGUGUGUCUGUUUCUGAAUUCAUAUUGUCUGCGUAAUGGAAGCCAGUCAGAAGUGCACUGUGCAACUGACAGAGGUUGGCCCAGAGCCAAAGCUUCUGAUGGCUAACCUAACUGUGGAUAAGUAGGAACUGGCCAGAUGGAGAAAUGAGAGGGCUAGGAAACGUGCUUUUGGAGGAAAUUUUAUUUUAGCACCAAAUGUUGCCAGUGACAAUCUUUAGUUGGAAGAAAUUGUUCUGAGCUAACAUUCUUAUCUCUGCCACUGUUUUUUUAAAGACCUAUAUACAUGGAAUAAUAUUCAUAUUUUAAUUUAACCUUUAUCUUAAUUCUGUUCCAUUUAUUCAAAGAAAAUAAAUAAGCGGCAUUUUUCAUUGUAUUUAAAAUUGUAAAAUAACUUGCAUGCCAGCAAUCUGUAAUAUCUUACCAGUUCAGAUGCCUGUAAUGUGUGACUUAAUGUAUACCUGUAUUGUUUUAAACAGAACAAAGGAAAUAAUGCUUUUGUAAACUAUUUAAAUUUAAAUUGGCAACAUUUAUUUGGCUAAGCAGUUAUUGAAAUGUCCACAUGGUUUGCUUUUUCAUUUGAAACUUGUGAUCAAAGCUAGAUAAUGUAUUGGGUUCAUUAGGGAAUUAAUGACUAAUUUGCCUUUUAAAUGUGAAGUUGAACAUUGUGUGCAAAGUAAAUGUGUGAUACAGCAAAAUGUAUGAAGUAUGAAAUAUUUCACCCUGAUUAUUAAUAAGGAUCCCAACUGCCCCAAAUACAUGCAAUUUUUGAAACUUUGGAAUUAUCUGCCUGACCUAAUGCUAAGGUAAAAUGUAAACAGUUUUAAUUAAUCAGGUUCUUUCUGCUUUCAAAGUUAAAAUGUAUUCAUUUAUAUCUGGAAUGAUGCUUCCAAAUGAAAAUGUAGAAAGCACUGGGAAUGAAUAAACUUUCCUUUCAAAGUGA